AAAUGACAGAUUCUGAAGAUGGACCGACCGCUUUCAGCAGGUCAUUGCCAAGAGCAUGUGAUAAUUGUCGAGUCCGGAAGGUACGAUGCGACAAGAUUCCACCCUGCUCUAAUUGCAAGGUUGCUGGAGUUGCAUGCAAGAUCACUAGUAGAAGCAAUGAUAUUACCAAACCACGAGCUAGAGUGCUCAUCUCUAAUCAAUAUGAGCAGAAGAUUGACCGUAUGGAACAGCGCCUUGAGAGCAUAGAAAACUUGUUGCAGGUUUUAGCUUCAGGAACAAAGACUCCUACCGNNGAGGCAUACAAUCCGGAUCAGGGCCAUCGCCAGGAACAAUUACACCCANUGCCAAGUACUUCUGUAUCACUCCGUAACCUUCAAGUUGAGCAAUUUGAAGGAGAGUCUUCUCUGUUAGCACAUUCGAGGCAAGCCCACCAAGCCUUGCAACAUCUACUGGAAACAGCACCGAUGACUAUUCGCAACGAUCCCAACACAGUCAAUGCUCUCGCAUCUCUAUGCAACUUGCUAGAAAAGCACCGUUCUGAACCUCCUAGCAUCAGUCUGCUAUCUCAAGCUGGAGCGCCGAACGAGCUUCAGCACUCGGAACUGCCUCCACGCGAGGAGGUAUUGAGACUCUUGCCUAUGUCGAAGACUACGAUAGCGGAUGACGUGUAUGACCAUUUUACGUGGUGGCUCUUCUAUGGGUUCCAGGACUUUCGCAGGAUGUACGAUAAAUUCUGUUAUUCCCCCUCGACCUGUCCACUUGCGAUUUGUGUCUCGGUUUAUUGCACAUUGUGCUGGCUCUUACAGGGCAACCCGAUAAUGCAAAGAGCUGGGGUGGACAUGUCAAACUAUGCUGAUUAUGUUCCGAUUUGUCAGAAGCAUUUAGCCAUCUGCAUAUCUUCUCACAACCUCUUUGUGGAACCGACUCAUGACAACAUAGCGGCUCUCACGNCUGCAUUUGCCAUUGGCAUCGCCGACAUAAACACAGCUUGGACAUUGAUAAGCACUGCAGCGCGGUUAUGCCAAAUCUUAGGUUACCACCGCCUGGUUCUUGACAGAAGUGGUGACACAGAAGUGUAUAUGAAACGAGCUAAUUUGUUCUGGUCGGUUUACUAUAUCGACAAGUCCUUAUCACUUCGACUUGGUCGAGCAUCUGCGCUCCAAGACUUUGAUGUUUCAACCUCUUCAAAAGACUGUUUUGAGAUGUGGAAGCGCAGAAAACCUUACAGUCACAAGAAUACCAAGGUGACGGAGUGGUUGGUUCUCUCACUCGAGAUGGCAAAGAUUGAGGUUUGUGAUAGUCCAUCUUCUGAAGUUACCAAUCGCUCAUGUCUACAGGGUGCAAUCUACGAAAAACUCUACGCCCCAGGGAGUAUCAGGGUUCUGUCUGAACGACAAAGACAGGGUCAAGAGUUAAUCAUGCAAAUUCAUGAAGUGUUGUCGAUGAACGAAAAGGAACAUAGCUGUUUCUAUAAAUUGACGAACGAUCUUAUUCUAUACAGCUUGUUCACCCUCGUCUAUCGAGCUAUGCCAGAAGCUGCAAAUGCUCACCAGCUCUCUUUGCAAGCUGCACGAUCGACCAUGCAAGUCCAAUACAGAUGCAACAAAGAGGCAGAAGCCCUGGGUCCGGAUUGUAAGCUCGAAUUGACGACUUGG